AUGGCGCCCGUGUCCGAUAGCAAUUAUUUUCCCUCCCUGGGAGACUGCUUGUCCGGGGAGCGAGUCCUCUUAUCUUGGAGGCAUGUGGCCACGGCGUUGGCCGACGAGUCGGGCAGAAGGCAAAGAUGCACCGAGGUUGUCAGCUUCUUGUCCGAUGACUAUGUCCACGCGCUCUUGAAAGAUCCCUCUCUUGCGUUUGCGCCACCUAGCGAGGCUGCAAGGAAGGACUUCGAAACAAAAACGGCACCCAUCAACGUUACCUCAGCGUCGGCAGAACGAUACGAUAUCAAAUUGCUCAAGCAAGAUGCCGAGUGGCUGAGCAAGAGCGCAAGACUUAAUUUGGUUGCUGCAUUGCGAGUUGCCGCAUUAGAGGUGCAAUCGAGGCCAAAUAACCAUCUCAUGGGACCGCUCUCGUCUCAGGACGCAACAAAUCUUCAGGAAGCCGCCGGUCUUCAGAACGGACGGAGUACAACCUUCAUGUCAGACUUUGGAGCUGGAAACGCUCGAGAUGCUGACGAGAUCUCUGCCGAGUUUGAUACCGAUGAUUCGAGAAAGCGCCGGCUUUUCAGCACGUUUCUGACCGAGCGAAGAUGUUUCAUCAUGACUAUGGACUACUUGCAAUCAAUCAGACUGUAUGGGAGGCUGCCGAUAUUUACCUCUGGCAAGGACAAAAUGGCAGCACUCUACAAGCUAAAGGCUUCGUCAAAUACCAAGGACGAGAGCGUAUCAUUCCUGUCCGCCUAUCUCAAAAUCAUCACUUCCAGCACGACCAGUCUAGAGGCUGGCCUCAAGUCGGUAACAGACGAAUCUGUCCUAUUGAAGGACGAUAUUGAAAUGGAUUGGCUGGCAACUCUCCUCACCGAGGUCAUCCAUUCUCAGUCUGUGGUUUUCCAACUGGUAGACUGCCUUGGGAAUGACUUCCCACCCUCCAGUGUCAUUAGCCAGUGGUUUUCUUUGAUGGACUUGUACAACUUUUUCGAUACCCUUCAACCUAUAAAUCAAACGAUUGACGAAUUGGUUCUGCCACUGAAGACAAUUGCUGUGGCUGUCUCUAUCAGCCUUCUCAAACCCGCUCGGUCCCUGACUUUUUUGGCCGAGAGAGAAGAGGAGCCGACCCCGUCCGAUGACAUGUACGAUUCAUACUUGAUACUGUCAGACGUCUUGGAGCAGGUUCAUAAAUGCGUUCUCAACGCGGCCGGCAUAGAUUGCGAAAUUGCUACACCCGUCAUCUUUGCCUGGACCCUUCUUCUUCACCGCAUGAACGUGUCAUACCAGAACCGGACCGAGAAGAGGGAUAAUUUGUUGCAGCAGAAUGCACGCGAGACUUUCGAAUCUGGCGGUGUCGUCCGGCCGAUGGUCCGACGCAACUCCGCGGGCAGCAUAUUUUCCAUUGAGUCAUCCAAGUUUGAUGGCUUUCUUGAGAAUGGAACAACAGCUAAAGAUCUACAAGUUGUCGAACAACUUGCAUCGGCCGCUACGGCGCAUGGAAAGGUGUUCGAAAUCAUAUCACACAUGGCAGACUGCCUCGGUUCUUCUCCCGGAGGUAGCAUGACGCCUUUGCUUAGCUCCCGCAUGAGAACCUCAUUCCUUGAACUUCUAAAGGUGUCAUAUCCCAUUGUUGGGUACCAGUCCGAGCCAGUCAGCGCUCUUCUUUCUCUCCUCUCUCCUGGACGGGAGUACUGGCAAUUGUUGCCGGACAAAGAUCUUGGCUUCGGUCAAGAUGUCAUGACCAGCAUGCUCCAAGAUGACUACACCAUGGAAUUCUACUUCCAGCAAGCUCUUGACCGGUAUCCAUAUGAGUUCAUGCCUUUUAUCAGCAUGUGUAAAGCACUUUGCACCGCGUCCGGCGAUUCAAGUAACGAGGACCGCUCCAACUUUAUCCUGAGUCUCUUGAGAAAAACGCCAAGCUUGACCUUUACCCUCCCAGACACCUUUCAGUCAUAUGAGCUGGUUCAAGAAGACGAAAACACCAAUUCGUUUUGCCUGUUGGAAGAGUUGCCCCUGAUAUCGCUGUCAUCUUCAUGGAGCAGACGAUACAUUGAGAACGAUGCUUACAGGCUUCCGGUUGGAAGUUAUGGACGAUUUAUUACUGACACCGGCAGAGUUGUACUCAUGGACUACAAACACUCGUCACUGUCACUUCUCGGAAGGCGAUUGGAAAUUAAUCUGAUGAAAGAGGGAUAUCGUUGUGAGUUGGGGAUGUUACAGCCUGAUGAGGUUGCCGAGGUUAUAUCGUUAUUUGCAAACCUCCUCCGCAUGGAGUAUUUUCAUACUGGACCUGCUUCUAGCACCGCUCUCGUGCAUGGCGAGGGUGACAUCCUGGCCGAGAUCAGCAAACACAUCAGUGGUGGCAAAGAUGUGGUGACUGUCGUUUGCGAAACUAUGGACUAUUACAUGCAGGAUGAGCUCGCUGUGAACGAAGAAGCCGCAGUAAACGUUUUAACGGCAUGCGUGAAGUUUUUGGAUGCUAUUCUACGUUCUCGACCAAGUCGAGUCUGGUCUUACUUGGCUAGAGGCGAGCUGCUCGACUCCGAUUCUAGAGCAGGGAAACUGUCCAGAAUCACCGGCAACCUCGAUUUGGUUUCAGAGAGAUUCGAUUUUCUGAAUUCUUCACUCCUGCUCUUCUCCGGGCUGAUUGAUACGGCAAUGACAUCAGCCGUACAGCGUCGGACUGGCAACAAGAUGGUCUCGAGGCAGAAGGCAGAUCUCAACCCCUGGCUGGGGACUGCAGACAAGGUGCUGACCAAAGUGAGUCUGUCUAUUGCUCACGCGUCGGUGGAUGCUUUUGAGAGCACAUCUACUUGGAGGUUUGACGAAGCAACGAGGCGCAAACUGUUACUGGACAGUAUCGUAUCUGUUCUGAAUAAGCUGGUUACAUACAGCUACAGCAUGGGAGAGUCGCCGACAUCUGACAGUUUAACUGCCUGCCUACGGCCGGCUGCGUCAUAUGUCAUUGAUUGUUUCAUGACUCCAGCAAGCGGAACACUUCGAUUCCAGCCGAUUCUCUCGUCGUUGAUCGAUGCCGUCGCAAUGCCCGAGUCCACGCUAUAUUAUACGCGAAGCGCCAUUGCUCGGCGCCAGGCCAAUUCUACCUUGCGUUUCUCCACAACUCUCUUGAGAGCAGCUAAUUACCUAGAAAGGUCCUCCACGAUGAUCGAAACCUACCUUUUCAAGAGCUCCACACUCUUGGCCCGACUGUGUGCCGUCUCUGAUGUUUUCAGAGUAGGCGCUAUCAACCUCCUUGAGUCCCUCAUCAUUAACGCAGCGUCGGCUGCUUCCGAGCCGCCGUCCCUCCUUGGGUAUUUGGGGCCUCAGACCUCCAAAUCUUUCCUUCAGGUCUUAGCACAUAUCGGACGGCCGUUUAAUUUGACAUUGGAGGUCGGCACAACAUGGCGAUUUUUUUCAUCCAUCCUUCGCAACAGACAGCAAUGGAUGUCAAACUGCCUUCUCACAGGACUGACGCCACGAGAGGCUAUGAGACAAGAGACAAAGAAAGGCGAUCUCUCGGCAGAUUCUGUAUUUGCGACCGCCCUCGAAAGGUUGAAGAGACUGAAGGAGCUAGAGUUUGAGGAGGCUCUCGCUAUUUUAGAUUUCGUUGCCUCCGCGCAAAAUUACUGGCCAUGGACGGUUUUCACUCUACUCAAGGACACCUCCUACACUGACGGCCUGCGGGAAUAUGUGCGGGACCUAAGGCCGUCUCAUUUGACAGUCAAGUCAGAUGCUCUCAGAACAGCCGUGGAUGCCAGAAUAGCAGCAUACGUUGCAGAGACCUUGGCGAUGCAAAUUUAUCAUUUACGGCAUCAAGGAGGCUCCGAAGCUCUUGCAAAGAGCCUGGUUGGCGACAUGGAUUACUACAUUCGAGAUGGCGUGGGAGUGUCUGGGUACAAUAAGUCUCUGCACAGCAAUUUUGCAAACAACUUUGCCAACAAGUACUCUGGAUGCUCGCUGGAUAACUUCAAAAGGACCGUUCUCGAGCCUCGCCAACUAGGCAAGAAUUACUACUACGACUUGGAUCGUGCCACCGACAUGCUGAGUUUUGACCCUGGCUGGCUAGGGGGGAAGGACAACGGCUUCAAAAAUGAAAUGGAGCUGGCGAACGCGAAUCUGUCUCUGGUUGAUGCUCAGAUAGCUCUAUUUCAUGCUUGGGAGUUCUUGCUGGUAGAGUUGAGUACCAGCUUACCCAACGACAAGACGAUAGCGAAACAAUUAUUGCAGGUCGCUCAACAGUGUUUGAAUGCGAACCAAGGUGUGCCUGGGCCUGAAAGUAUCUUUGUUAAGCUCAUCGAUAGCAGGGCAAGACUAGCUCUUGUCUUGGUCCAGCGACUUGCCAAAAUAUCCAUCCCGGUUCAUGAUAUCAAUCAACUUCUCGGCACUCUCACAGGCACUAUCCACGGUGUCGUAGAGCCUUUUGCCAAGGAAUCGAUUGCAUAUUACCGUACGCUGUUGAAAGCUCUUUUUGUCACUCUACGCUCAUACCGUUUUUCCGAUCACAAUGGACUGUCUGAACCUUCCGUCAAUCUAGGCAGUUCAACUGUCACAGUCACACAAACCGUGCUGAAUUUGUUGGACCACAUUGUCGGUCAAGGGUUUCGGACACUUAUCAGCCUCAUCCAUGACAACGAUUCGGACACGUGCCCCGAAGACCUCGGCCUUUUGACGGCAAUUCUGCAAGCCUGCUUAAGCAUGCCCAACAUGGACCAGUCACAAACACAAAUUCUCAACAUUAUGGCGGCACACGAUGUGGUCAGUGCUGCUACGUCAUUGUUUUCCUGGGCAGAUAAACUGGCAUGUCAAGGCGACCCAGUAUAUGGCGAGCUGAGCAUACUGUUCCUGCUCGAACUGUCUACUCUGCCUCUCUUGGCGGAACAACUAGCCUGCGACGGCGUUCUUGGUAGUCUUCUCUCGGCGAACCUGUCAAAGUACAUGCUCAGAUCUACAAUAUCGCCCUACGCGGAGGCACUUGUUGCACAGCGAUGCUAUGCCAUAUGGGCGAAGGGCUUUCUUCCUCUGAUGUUGAAUAUGCUGGCGUCGCUCGGCCCUACCAUUGCUCCCGAAAUUACAUAUGUGCUGAAUCAAUUCUCACAUGUGCUCGAAGCUAGCGUGGGCCGAUUCGAGGCACCGGGAGCCUCGCGAACCAAACCCAAGUCGACGCCACAGUGUCUCACGCUGCUAGCAACAUACGAGAUUCAUUCUCUGGCGCUUCUCACAAGAGUGUUGUCUGCCCUACGGGCCAAUAAUAACCGGGACAUCCCUGCAGUCGAAUGGGAUGCUGCUAGUCUCUUGGAAAAUGUUGAAUUCUGGCUUUCAAGCAAGCGGCUACUUAAAGAACGACUCCUUCCGUUGGGACCUCGCGAAACUGAAUGGAGGAACACUCGGAAGGAAACUGGAAUCUCUGGCGACAGCGAAAGCCUAUUGGAAGAGAAGGUUGUUUCGCAGCUCGAGACGGUACGUGACGUCUUGAGCGAGGAGCUAGAGAGCUAG